GCUGUUUUAUAAAUGCAAUGGGACAUGCACCUAAGUGUAUUGUUACUGAUCAAGACCCGUCUAUGAGGAUUGCAAUUGAAAAAGUUCUUCCCAAUACUCGCCACCGUUACUGCAUGUGGCAUAUAAUGUCUAAACUCACUGAGAAGGUUGGUCCUCUUCUUAGCAGCAAUGAAGAAUUUUUGUCCAAGAUUAAUUCAGUAGUUUGGAGUCACUAUCUUUCACCCGAAGAUUUUGAAAAGGAACGGAUGCAAGUCAUUGUGGAAUAUGAUUUAGUGAGCCACACAUGGUUAUCUCAUAUGUUUUCCAUUCGACGUUAUUGGAUCCCGGGUUUUUUUAGGGAUUUAUUCAUGGCUGGUUUACUUAGGACCACAUCGCGAUCCGAAAGUGAAAAUAAUUUUUUUGGUGAGUUUACUAACCCGGGUUUCAGCCUUGUUGAGUUUUUCAUGCAGUUUGAGAGUGCAAUGGAUUCCCAACGACACAACAAUUCAAAACUGAAUCACAUUUCUGACUCUUGCACACCUGUUCACAGCACACCGCUACCCAUCGAGAAGCAUGCUUCAUCUGUCUAUACUCUCUCCAUUUUUUAUGAAAUUCAGAAGGAGAUAUGUGCUGCAUGUUUCGCAUGUCCCGUUGUAAGCGUUCAAGAAGUCAAUGGUGAGCGUCAAUACGUUAUCAAUGAUGAGCGCGGUAUGGUUUUCAAUGUUGUGCAUUCUUUAAUCGCAUCUACAACUACAUGCAGUUGCAAAGACUUUGAUAGAGUUGGGUUGGUUUGUAGACACAUGUUUGUUGUGUUUAAAGACCUUAAAUUGCACACCAUUCCGGCUGACUUCGUUCUAAGUCGUUGGUGUAAAAACAAUCUGAUUAAACCCAUUUUUGACAUUGGAGAUAGCGUUUUUGACCAAUGUGUAGCUAAUGAGGAGAGAAAGUUACAAGUCAAUCGAUUAUGGUCUGACAUUCAUUGUUGCGUUGCUAUCAUUGAGGAUAAUCCGGUUCUGUUUGAUCAGUUUUCACAAGCGAUUAAGGAGCAAAAGAACUUUCUGCUCUCAUCACAGCAAGGUAGUGCACACUUGACCACCAAAGCUUCCGUAAUUGAGCGAUUUUGUGGAUCAGCAGCUCCGGCAGAUGUCACCGUACUUCCGCCACAACAAGCUAGGAACAAGGGGUGUGGCAAGCGCUUGAAAGGCGGUAAAGAAGUGGCAAUACAAUCAAAGAAGAAGUUAAGGCUGUGUAGAACUUGUAACGAGAUGUGUAACCACGAUAGCCGUAACUGUCCCAUGAAUAAGUCUGCUUGAAAUGCGUUUCUUAACUGUUUUUUAUUCCUUUGUAAAACUCCAUCGAAGUACUUUAUUUGCUAUGGGUUCUUUGGUUUUCUGUUAUAUUGUUUGGUUGGUUUGACAUUUCAUAAUGUUAUACAUGUGUUUUUUUCUUUGAUUAUGUUAGUCAUCGAGAAGUUAUUUACUUUAUGACAUUUCAUAAAGUAUUUUGUUAAUUAUACUAACCCCUUCUUUUGCACAUACAUAUGUAAGUGCAUGCAACAAUAUUUAAUAAUUUU